AGAAGGUGAAGCGAAUGAAGAAAUUUGAUCAAUCUAUUGAGUCGGAGAUUAUUAGAAUGCCAAAGGAGUUUAGCUACAAGGAGCUGAAAUUUGCCACUAAGGGGUUCAGUGCUAAUAGGGUCAUUAGUCAUGGUGCUUUUGAGACCAUGUACAAGGGUGUGCUGCAUGAGAGUGGUGACACUGUUGCGGUGAAGAGGUGUAAUCAUAGUGGUCAAGGUAAGAGUGAGUUUUUGUCCGAGUUGUCUAUAAUUGGGAGUCUCAGGCAUCGUAAUCUGGUUCACCUUCAAGGUUGGUGCCAUGAGAAAGGUGAGAUUUUGUUGGUGUAUGACUUGAUGCCCAAUGGGAGUUUAGAUAAGGCUUUGUAUGAGGCUAGGAUGCCUUUGUCAUGGCCUCACAGGCUCAAAAUUUUGUUAGGUGUGUCAUCUGUGUUGGCCUACUUGCAUCACGAAUGUGAAAACCAGGUAAUUCAUAGGGACAUUAAGACUAGUAACAUUAUGUUAGAUGAAGGGUUCAAUGCUCGGUUAGGCGAUUUUGGUUUAGCAAGACAAACACAACAUGAUAAGUCUCCUGAUGCCACUGUGGCUGCCGGAACAAUGGGGUAUCUUGCCCCAGAGUAUGUUCUUACUGGAAGAGCAACUGAGAAAACUGAUGUGUUUAGCUAUGGUGCGGUGGUUCUUGAGGUGGCCUGUGGGAGGAGGCCUAUUGAGAAAGAUGCCGCUGCAAAUGGUAAAGUUGGGGUUAGCAGCAAUUUGGUGGAACGGGUUUGGAGUUUGCAUCAAGAAGGUAAGUUGCUAACGGCAGCUGAUCCAAGACUUGAAGGUGAGUUUGAAGAAGGGGAAAUGAGGAGGGUACUCUUAGUUGGGUUAGCUUGUUCACACCCAGAUUCAAUGGCAAGACCAACUAUGAGGGGUGCAGUUCAGAUGCUUCUUGGAGAGGCUGAAGUGCCUAUUGUCCCUAGAGCCAAACCGUCUACUAGUUACAGCACUUCUCACCUCUUAUUGAGCCUGCAAGAUAGUGAAUCUGACUGUAAUAAUGCUAUGAUCACCAUCUCUACCUCCUCUUCAGAGAACACCCUCAGUGACAGACAUAUACUCUGAUAGAAGUCUAGAGCUGGAAUCUUGCAAUUUUUUAAUUAUUUACCAAAAAUGUAGAUACACCGAUAUUUAUUCUUUGGUUCAUGUAUGUAAACGCCAAUAACAUUACAAUUAAAGGCCUUGAGAAAGGAAAGAAUUUUGGGGAUUGAGCAAUUUUGCCUGUAGCAUUCACAGUUUGUAAUAGAGUGAUUCUGUUGUACAUUUUUUUUGUAUUAAAUUAAAUGGAUCUGGGUGCAGAGAAAUGCAAGAUGCUGGUGUUGAAUUACAGCAAUUACAUGCAAUCUAGGGAGGGUCAUUGAUUUGCAUAUAUUGUUGUUCAUUUAUUCCACUUCUAAUUCGUGUGCAGUAGGUGAGAGCAAGUUGGAAUCAACUAACUGAUGCUAAACAGCAAUAUCUCUGUAGCCUUCCUUUUUCUAGAAAUCCAGGAUUUGUACUAUAUCCUCCACUCAUAAAAAAUGGCAAUUUUAUUCCGUUUUCUGUUUUGAUGUAACCUAUAUUUUAGUAUCAUGUUGAGGCACCAAGUCUUUUACAAAUUUGUCAAAUUCAUUUGUAGAGUUUUAUGUAAGCAUACAUAUCUAUUCAAAUACAUUUUUUUUAUCCUGGAGCUUGACUGGGAGCUUCUGCAUAUAGCUUAUAUAUUACACAUGAACUCCUGCUGACAUAUACAAAAAUCUAGAGUAAGGAACCAUCACCGAAUUUUCAAUUUCAACUUUGUAAUUAAUUUCUAGUCACAUUUGAAGGUGCUUUUAUCCUUGUUUAGGUUGCUAUCCAUGCUUCUCUGUGUGAUACUAUUACAACUCACCAUGGCUGCAAGUCUGUCACAUUGACUUUUCUUGCAAUUUUUGGAUGGUGACAUUGGAACUGUUUGUUGGCACAUAAGAGUGAGAAUCAUUUACUACUUCAGCCUUUCUUUUUUUAUUUUUUUUAUUUGCUUUGUAUGAUGGACAGCUGGAUUAGAACGUUCAAGUUGUGUGCUCAUGCUAGGACCCUUGUAAAGGAUUAGAACGUUCAAGUCUUUUAAGGCAUACUGUGAGG